UGGCGGAGCAGGGGCUUCUUAAUAUAUUCGGUAAUCGGGAUCCUGUUCGUCUCAAAUCGUUCCGGACCCGCCCUGGUAACACCUGCUACCGCUCCGAAACAGAACUGCCGGAGGUGCUUCAGGCUAAUCCCUCGAAGUUACUUUGCACCCUUCAAGUAACUCGGAACGCUUUUGAUUCCGGUUGAGAUCCUCGGGACAUUUGAUCAAUCGAAGGAGCAACAUGGACAACGGGGGAGGGAGCGAACCGCAGCUCUUGCCUCGAUUAUGCUGCCCAGAAAAGGGGCCGAACGGUUACGGCUUCCAUCUACACGGGGAGAAGAGCAAAACGGGACAGUUCAUCCGGUUGGUGGAGCCCGAUUCCCCGGCCGAAAAAUCCGGUCUGAAGGCUGGGGACCGCUUGGUAGAAGUGAACGGAGACAACGUAGAGAAGGAAAGUCACCAGCAAGUAGUGAACCGCAUCCGAAAUUCGCCCGGGUCGGUUCGCUUGCUGGUCGUAGACUCGGAGACCGACCAGCAUCUGCAGAAGCUGGGCCUCCAAUGCCGCGAAGAAUUCAUUCGUGGGUUGCCUGAGAAACCCGAGGCGAGGAGCGGCGAGCAGGAGGCUGCCCAGCAGGACCAGGAGAACGAAAUGAAAGCGGAUGGAGAGGAAAACCAUCACGCUGCCCAGCUGAAAGACUUGAGACCUCGUCUCUGCCAGAUGAAGAAGGGCCCCAAUGGGUACGGGUUCAACCUCCACAGUGAUAAGAUAAAACCAGGCCAAUAUGUCCGGGCUGUGGAUCCAGAUUCUCCAGCUGAAGCUUCAGGGUUGAGGCCUCAAGACCGUAUCAUUGAGGUGAAUGGGCAAUGCAUGGAAGGCAAGCAACAUUCAGAUGUUGUUUCAGCCAUAAAGUCUGGUGGAGAUGAGACCAAGCUGCUGGUAGUGGAUAGUUUAACAGAUGAGUUCUUCAAGAAGUGCAAAGUCAUCCCCUCUGAAGCACAUCUGAAAGGUCUUUUACCAGAACCAGUUGCCAAUGGUGAUGUGGAGAAGGUGAACCUUAGAGAUGAACAAACGGAGAUUAAUCCUGAAAGCCCUUCUAGCCCUAUGACCAUGUCUCCUUCUUCAACUCUAAGCGAACCUUCCCUUGAGAUGUACACUCAUGAGAAGGAGGACAAACUCAGCACCACAUCGGAUCCCAUUCUUGACUUGGACAUCCCACUGGCAGUAGCCAAAGAGCGCGCCCAUCAGAAACGUACCAGCAAACGGGCACCACAAAUGGACUGGAGCAAGAAAAAUGAACUCUUUAGCAAUCUGUGAAGCGCCCCAAACCCCCGAGCAGGGAGGUGAUGUAAGGGCAAUAUUGGAAAAUCUGGCCAGAUCAUGCCUCCCCUUCCCCUUCUCCUACGCAUCCCUGUCCCCUAGGUACAUUUCCUUGCCCUUCUUCUCUUCCACUCCUUUUGCUUGGAAAUGUAGAUGCAAGAUCUCGUCUUGCCCUGAGUCACCUGAAAGGGCAAACACAUGGCCUGAUAAAUUCUGCCUGCACUAUUUUGGAGAAGCAGUUGUAUUUAAAGAGGAGGAUGAGACAUUUUCAUAUACCCUCUAUAAAUAGCUUAAGCUAGCUUGUGGAUGUGAAUCCAAAAUGAAUUUGGUGUCUCUGUUGGAUCUGUAGUAGAAGACACAUUCACAUAUCUAUAUAUAAAGAGAAUGUAUGCACAGGACAAGGAUGUAAUACAUCAGGUGCCACACUGAAAAGUGGGACAGUGUGAUGCAUAGCUGUAUUGUAGGUCCAUUAACUUUUAAGAUAGCUACAGUUAAACAUCUAAAACUAUUAAUUCCUAUAGAUCUCAACUGGCUCUCUUCAGAGAAAUCAUGUUGGAUGCUGAUUGAACUAUUCCAGGCUAUGUCCUAUCAGGACUAUAGUCUAAGCUUGCAUUGAGUACUUUAAUUCCUAAUUUGAUUACAAAUGAACAUCCUAUUGUGGGGCAGUUCCUCUGUCCUCUUUUCAAGGAACUGCUUUGCUACGAAUGGAGAGAAACAUUUCUGUUGCUCUAUCGUCUUCUCUCUUUUUUGGUAAAGACAUUCCUGGAUUGCCACUGCAAGAAAGGGCUUAGUAGGCAAGACCCAAUACUUCUUGCUUUGUGCUUUGGAGGUUUCAAAGUGUGGGAAGAGGAAUAUUUGAAAGCUGUUGUAGCAGCCAGCCUGUGAGAUUCGCUUUCUUUUGGCCAGGGGAUGUGGUAAGGAGUCGUACCUAAUGCAGCAGUUGAAAGCACAUAAGGAUAAUAUCCUACGCUCAAUUUACUCCAGAAAUGGAGCCAAUCAGGGUUUUCAAUAAUCAUGAUUAAUUAUUAACAACUUACCGAUAAUAGUGUUUCAUUUCUGGAAUUGUUUUCUAAUUAUGGCUCAUUGCCCUGUAUCUGUGUAUAGUAUAAAAAUCAUUCCUCUCCCAUAAAUUUCUGUUUUGUUUUUGUUUUCCUUGAUUAAUGUUUGAUGUCAAAAGUAAGAGAAUCUGUUUACUGGAGCAAAAUGCUGCCUUGAUUUUGUGUGUUUAUUUAAAAUUAAGGGUUUUUUGUUUGUUUGUUUUUGGAAAGCCACAUAUACAGAUCACAGUGUAUGUGAAAGUAGAAGUCUGCAUGAGAUUAGCCAAUCUGUCUAGUCUUAUAAUUUAACUUACAACCUUAACUGGGGUAGAGUGAGAGCUGUAAAUCCAAGGCCAGCAGCUGGCUGAUGUAAUACAAAUAACAGACACACACAAUAUUUUUCCACUCUCCAAAUAAGAAUAGACGAGCUUCUGUCUCUGCCUGUUGGGCUGGAUAAUAUAUCAGACUUCAGGAUGAUAGAAAUUACCAUCUUACCUGCAAUUGUUUUCUUCUUUUUUCCCCCUGCCAAAUUAGCUGAGCAGAGCCAUGUCAAUACUCAAUCAAAAUUAAAAAUAAGAUUGAUACAGCUACAUGUAGGAGAAACUGGGCACCAUCAUCAACCUCUUUUUUAGCCUAGCUCUGUUUCUGGGGCUGGAGAGAUGCAUUACAGGUUCUGCUUCUGCUUGAAACUAGAACCACAAGCCAACAUAUUCUAUAAAUUUCAAGGGUUGUGCUUGUAGAAUGAAGUCUUGUUGAAACAAGCUAUGCAUUUAAGGUCAAUGUGCCACUCUUAGCUGUAAAAUUCAAGUAAGAAAUUACGAUUUUACAUUCAUAUUCCAGUGGUGGGUUGUCCCCGGUUCGGACUGGUUCUUACGAACUGGUAGUAAAACUGGGGGGAGGCUCUGCCCACCGACCCCGAUGUCAUCAGGACGCAUGCGCAUGAGCAGAAGCAAGCACAAAAUGAAGCGAGCGCUUGUGCACAAUCCCACUAUGAAUUGGUAGUAAAGACAAGUAGAACCCCACCCCUGUCAUAUUCAUCAGGUGAUGCCGGUAAAAAUAGAGAAACAAUUUGUCUGCAAGACUGUCCUGCCUUUAAUUUUCCACACUUGUUUGCUGUCAAGUGUGAUAUAAUUUGAUUAGCUCAAGUAGUUCCCAAAUCAAUGUUCUGAGCCUUGUACUUGGAAACCAUUUUACGACAGGCAAUCAGGCAAAGGCCGAAGAAGAUUAGGAAAGCAAAGGCUUUAUUAAAUGUCUCUUUCCCAUUCUUCAUUAAAGCCCACGAGGAUCUUGUUUGAUAAAGAGUUGACCAAUCUGAUUAUUAUUAUUUUUUUGGUGAAAGUUAUUAAAAAUGACUGAAUGAGUUAGAGUGGGAGAGACUAAGUAUCCAAGAUCAGGAUAAGUAGAGGUAACGGCAGUUUCCAUGUGAAUCCAAGAUGGUUCCCAAUUUAAGCACUGAUCAGAUUUAGGUUCGCUUGGUUUCAAAGAUGUUUUGAAAUAGGCCAUAAGGUUUGGGGAGUGCUUGGGGUUCGCUAACUUAAUUAUAAAUCAGCUGAUUGGUGGCACCCCAUUGGCCCCAAAGGACUUUCCUGUGAGAUAGUUGCCAGAAAAGCCAUGUUAAUAUGUUGCUGCAAAAAUAGCCAAGAAUCUUAUGUCACCUUAAAAGCCAACCUUUUUAAUGCUUCUGUCACUUAUUAUUUAUUUAAUCAAAGGCACAGUAAUAAACCCAUCAUUUUUCUGAUGAAGUGGACUUGGACUCCUUGGAAGUUUAUGGCAUAAUCAGUUGAUUAUAUUAAUCUACCAGUGGGGCCUGCAAUAAAAUGUGAAGAGCUUCUGGGCACAGCUACUUUAGUUAGCUUCCGUCCUGAACUCUUCAUUUCAAAAUAUUUCCCUUUCGAUUCCUGCUACUCAAGAUCAUGAACGGUAAACAGGAUCCAUCCUAGAGAGACUGUUUGAAGUAUGUUCGCUUUUAGAGAUCUAACUUUUCCUCCUCCUGAUGAAAACGGUUUGUGUUUUGCAAUUAUUUUCUUUCUGAGAGCCUUGAAAACCCACCAUCCUUAUCAGAGCUGGGUUUCAGCAGGUUCUGACCAGUUCUGGAGAACCGGUAGUAGAAAUUUUGAGUAGUUCAGAGAAUCGGUAGUAAAAAUUCUGACUGGCCCCACCCCCAUCUAUUCUCUGCCUCCCAAGUCCCAGCUGAUUGGGAGGAAAAGUGGAUUUUGCAGUAACCUUCCCCUGGAUUGGGGAGGGAAUGGAGAUUUUACAAUAUCCUUCCCCUGCUAUGUCCACCAAGCCAUGCCAUGCCCAUCAAGCCACACUCACAGAACCGGUAGUAAAAAAAUUUGAACCCCACUACUAAUCCUUAUGUGUUCAUAUAACAUUAAUAUUGGCCUGAAAGAGAAGCCAGCAGAUCCAGCUUUGCAUGACAUUGAGAAUAGCUUCUUAUUACAAGUCAAACUGCUUUCGAAGGGCAAAGGGCCCACUGAUAGGUGGGGAUGAGGGUAGAUCAUGAAGCAACACCAGAUUCAAAUCUUUGAAGAAUUCCCCAUGAUGCUUUAUUAGUUUUAAGCCAAUAAUCUCUUAGAAAGAGUUACCCUAUAAUAGUUAAAAUCUCCAAACUAGGAGAUUUUAGUUCCUUUUAACUAGGCCAGGCCUGAUUAUCCAGCUUUCACUGUCUGCUUGCCAGAGGAGUACAAGUCACCUGUUGGACAUCAGUUUGCGAACUAUUUCCAUUUUAUUGUAGGACCAGAGGUGUCACACAAAUUUUAACCCCCGUAAUAAUAUAAAGAGUUUGGCCCAUGUCAAAUCAGCAUUUGCAUUUAAUAGGCUGAAACCUGCUUUAUAAUUCCUCAGUGUACCAGGGUGCUCAGCUAAUUCAUCUGUUCCCUGAAAACGGUGUAAUUUACAGCACAAUCCUGGGCAAAUUUAAUGACUGAAUAAAUCCUAUUGUGUACAGUACAGUUUAUUCCCAGAUAAGUAGAUAUUAAACUUUCUGCCUUUGCUUCACAAAUCCUGCCAGACUUCUAGGUGCAAUGUCCAAUGUAGUGGAAACUGAUAACAACUUAUCUGCCAUUUUUCUGUCAGUGAACUCCAGAGCAUCAGGACUUCAUUCAUGCAUCAAUAAUAUAUAAACAGCAGUGCAAACAAGAACUAUUUCCAGAAACAGCUUUAAAAAUGCUAGCCAUAUUCCUUUUUUUGGAGGGGGUAUGUGGACACAGGUUUUGGCUUUUCACUCAAAGCCAGCACAUGGACGUUGGUUGUUUCUCUCAGAAAAGUCCUCAUUCCACCAUAGUAGGUUGCAUUAAAGUGUUAUUGUCAGGGCCACAUGAAUGUUUCCUCCUCCUCCUCUCUGUCAGCAUCUGUCAGUGUGUUUUAUGCUGCCCCAUGACAAAACUUUAACCUACCUCAGUAAAGAAGCAAGUAAUCCUGUCUGCAAAGCUUAAUUAUGUGGCCAUUUUUAAGGGCAGCACUCCUAUCCAGUGCAUGGGAGGAUGGGAGUGGGGAACAGGUGUCCAUGAGAUGGAAGCACUAGUUUCUGAGGUGCUUCACCCCUCUAAGUUCUCACUUAGUUUUUUUCUGAAGAAGAAAGAAGAAUAAACCAGUCUACCAGUCUUCUGAAAGACUGGUAAAUCUCUGUCUAAAUGUAGUCCAGCUGAUAGAUUGGAGGUGGGGGUGAAGGAUGAAGUGGGAGGCAACUCACAUUCCAUUUUAAGAGAGUUUUUCCCCCACUUUGUCCUGUCAGCUGGGCAAAGUUUGACCAUUCCUCUAGCACGGGGGCCUCCAACCUUGGCAACUUUAA